GUGAUGUAAUUGUAAAUAGCCAAACAGUCAAUCGUUCACUGAGAAUUUCGAUAAUUACUGCCGACACAGGAGGCGAUAGCUAGCUAUGCAAUGUCCUGAAAACCUGUGCUGACAUACUCAACCAAACUUGCAGAAAUAUCAGCCAUCUACCGGAUAAGUUCUUUUGUAACGGAUCAACAACAAAAAUCAUUUCAAAAUGGCGUGUAGCAUUGACAAAGAUUUUCUUCACAUCAAGAUGGUUUACUUUGCCUACCUCGGUGCGUUUGCCUGCAUGCUGCCAUACAUCUCCGUGUACUUCAUUCACAUUGGUCUCUCGGUAUGGCAGGUUGGUAUCCUCCGUUCUUUGGAGCCUAUUCUCACCUUCAUCGGCAGCCCUCUUUGGGGAGCAUUUGCAGACAGAUACAGCAAGCACCGACUAGCUACCAGCAUCGCCAUCAGCGGGGCCGGUGUAGUUUACUUCAUGUUCCUCUUCGUGCCUCUGAUGACAGGGGUGUCCCCGGACUCCUUACUGCAGGAAGUGACCGAAGACUGCGCCGAGGAUACCACAGAUUGGAACAACUACCAUCUCAUGUGUGAUGAUGCCGCAUUGGUGGACCGCCAAGGGGUGUGGAAUGAUGCGAGAGGGAGUAAUGUAUCGUCGGAGUGUACAGAUAUGUGUGCGGCCGGGAUGCUAUCCAAAAACCACAAUAGUAAAUUUGCUUCCUGUUUGAGAGAGGUUGGAGGCUGGAAAUGUAGCCCCUGUCCCGGGACUGAGAAUCGCCCCUCUGCGGACAUCCCCAAAGGCACACUGACCUUGUAUGGAAUAUCAUGCCCGUCACCAACGGGAUACUCAGUCAUUGGAGGAGCAGAAAACGUGACAGAAUUUGAUAUUCAACCCUCCGUCCAACAAACUGAAAAGAAUAUUAGUAGUUCUUGCCUGCAGUCUGCUUGUUGCCAGUGUGCGACCAAGAAUGUUCCUAACCCGCGUCAGGGUGUAACGUUUGCGAUAUGUAUUGUCUUUUCGAUGUUGGGAGUGGCAUUCAACUGCAACACUCUUAUGUUCUUUGAUUCUCUCACCAUGGAACUCAUCAAGGGGAAGAGAGCCGACUACGGGAAGAACCGAGUAUGGGGUGCCAUAAGCUGGGGGCUCUUCGCCCUCUUGAGUGGGGCGGCCAUUGAUCUUUACACUAACCUCACUAACGCCAAGACGGACCGUUUCGAGCCUGCCUUCAUCAUGUAUCUCCUCGGGAUGUUCAUCUGUCUCGCAAUCUUUCUUCAUAUGAAGCUUCCCGAUCACAAGAAACCCGAAGCUAUGAAGAAAAAUUUGCAGGCGGUACUGUGCAAUGGAGAAGUGAUCCUCUUUCUCUUCGUGGUCUUCGUGACGGGUAUUUCCUUCAUCCUGACCUUCACCUAUGUAUUUAUCUUCAUGAAAGAACUCGACAGCUCUUACCUACUCCUAGGAAUGGCUAUCACCUUGACCGCUGUCGCUGAAAUCCCUUUCAUGUAUUUCUCAGGAGCGAUCAUCAAGCGUGUUGGGUAUGCAGGUGUGAUGUACAUGACGCUAGUAGCCUACGCUAUCAGAUACUUUAGCUACUCGUUUGUGUACAACCCCUGGUUUAUUCUACCGGUGCAGCUCCUACAUGGGAUCACCUACGGUCUUGCGUGGCCCAUGUUCACGGCCUUCGCUAACAGCACAGCCCCUAAAGGAAUGGCUAGCACCCUUCAAUCAAUUGUUGCUUGCUGCUUCAUGGGUGUUGGAGGUGCAAUUGGCAACUUUGUAGGGGGCAUCAUUUAUGAAAACUACGGUGCUAGGAUGCUGUUCAGAUGUAAUGGGGCGCUUUGUCUCGUAUCACUUCUCAUCUUCUUCUUCUUCACUGUCUUUGUCCUGAAGAAAAAAGAAAGCAGGGAUGGGGCAGAUGAAGACGCCGAGAAAGAACAAGAUAAAUGCAAUAUGAAAGACGCCCCCUGUGACGCCAUCAAUUGGGUUGACGUCGAGAAAAGUGAAAAUAGGUGUAAUGACGAAGAGGAGCAAGGCUUGGUAAAACAGGUCACUGCUUUAGACGAAGAAAUGGCUGAUGAUAAUAACACUAACGCUGAUGUUCAUUCAAGGAACAUCUGACAAGACCAAUCGUUUUAUUUUUUGCGGUGGCGCAGUUUUUUGGCGAAAGAAGGGAGAGAGAAAACAGUGGAAGAUAGGGAAGGUGACGUGAAAAGAAGAUGAGUAAGAUGUUGCCAUUCCUUUCUCGACUCGAUUGCGUAGCUUAUUCGUUCGUUUUUCAUUUACCUGGUAAUUACAAGUGCCGCCAUUUCAUCAGUCCCCUCUCCCCUCCGCAAUGGCUGGACCUACGCUUUGUUUAACACUAUAUUGAGUGUAGCUCAUCCUAUCAUUCUAUCCACCUGGUGAGAGCGGUGCCCCUCCCCCACGCCCCCAGUGGCACCA